AUGAAGACGACUUACCUUUCCGCCGCCGCCGCCGCCUUGGCGCUGGCUUCGACCACCCUGGCCACCGAUCUUCUCACUGCCGACAAGAUCGAGGCCGACAUCAAGACCGUCGAGCUUGAGCGCAUUCUCUGGAACCUGAACAAGAUCGGCCGCGACAACGGCGGCACUCGCGCCUUCGGCACGCCGGGAUACAAGGCCUCGGUCGACUUCGUCCUGGAGCGCGCCCAGACGCGUUUCGCCAAGCAGAUGAACACCUGGCUCCAGCCUUUCAACCACACCUUUGAGCAGACCAACGCCAUCUCCGUCACGGGCCCCGACGGCGUGGACGUCAUCGUCCUCAGCGCCGAGUACAACACCGCCACCCCUCUGCCGUGCGGAAUCACCGCGCCCCUCGUCGACAUCCCCGUCGACGACGAGAACGGCUCCGGGUGCCUGCCCGAGGCGUUCGAGGGGAUCGACGCCACCGGCAAGCUUGCGCUCGUCAAGCGCGGCGUGUGCGCCAUCUCUGACAAGAUCAAGAACGCAAAGGCCGCUGGCGCCCUCGGUGUGAUCCUGUACAACCAGGUCCCCGGUAACGAGAUCGUCAAGCCCACGCUCGGCGCCGAGAACAUCGGCCUCCUCGUUCCCCUGGGCAUCAUCACGCUCGAGACGGGCGAGGCCUGGAGCGCCGCCCUUGCCGCGGGCGACGAGGUCACCGUGACGCUCAUCGUCGACUCCAUCUUCGAGGAGCGCGAGACGUGGAACGUCAUUUCCGAGACCAAGGAGGGUGACCCGGACAAGGUCAUCAUGCUCGGGGCUCAUCUUGACAGUGUGCUCGAGGGCCCCGGCAUCAACGACGACGGCUCCGGCACUGCCGGCCUGCUCCAGCUGAUGGGAUCCGUCAAGAAGUACAGCGGGUUCCCGCACAAGAUCCGUUUCGCGUGGUGGGCGGCCGAAGAGGCCGGCUUGGUCGGCUCGUACUACUACACCGAGAACCUCAGCUCGGAGGAGGCCGACAAGAUCAAGUACUACUUCAACUACGACAUGAUCGCGUCGCCCAACCCCAUCUACGAGCUUGCCUCGUACAACAACAGCGGCAUCGGGCCCAAACUCCUGGCCGACUACCUCGAGGCCAACGGCAAGGUUGUCUCGGACGCCGAGUUCGACGGCCGGUCCGACUACGCCGGCUUCGUCGAGCUCGGCAUCCCGACGGCGUCCAUCUUCACCGGCGAGGGCGAGAACGACCCCUGCUACCACUUGGCCUGCGACGACAUCGACAACAUCAACUGGGAGGCGCUUACCCUUAACACCAAGGCUGCCGGCCGUGCCCUUGCCACGCUCGCCAACUCGCUCGAGGGCGUCCCCCCCCGUGCCGACACCACGCCGGUCCUCCGCGGACGCGCCGGUGUGCUGCAGCAGUUCCGCCGGUGGAAGAAGCUGGCGGAGCACUCGCGCCACGGCAAGACGUGCUCGCACAACGACGUGAACAAGAUCUACUAA